UCUCAAGUCAUACAACCAACCUACUAUUCUCAUCUGGCUUAAACUUACAUUCUCUCUCUCUACCAAUUAUUAAGUCAAUUAUCUUUCAAAAUGUCUCCACUACCAAAUUUGGAUACUUCCAGAAUUUCAACGGUGGUUCCUGCAACUCCGCGAGGUGAAGAAAAAAGUGAGUAUAACCUAAACUACAUGGACUUGUUAAUGAAACUCCACUAUAUUCGAUCCAUUCAUUUAUUCGAUUCUGAAGCGGUUCAAGAUCUCUCAUUUUCCGAUUUUAAACCGCCUAUGUUUCCUUUGCUGGAUUCAUGCUCGCAUGUUGCGGGUCGGGUUAGAAUAUCGGAAUCGGGAAGACCGUUUAUCAAGUGCAACGACGCCGGUGUUCGAAUCGCGGAGUGGCAGUGUGAGAAAAGUUUGCGUGAAUGGAUGGAUGAAAAGGAGUAUUCCAUUGAUGGACUCGUACAUGAUCAUGUGAUUGGUCCUGAUGUUGAGUUUUCUCCUCUGGUUUUUGUAAAGUUCACAUACUUCAAAUGUGGAGGACUCUCAGUUGGACUGAGUUGGGCUCACAUCCUUGGAGAUGCAUUUUCAGCUUUUAACUUCAUCACCAAAUGGAGUCACACACUAGAUGCUCAAGCUUCACCAAAAUCUUUUCAUAUACCAAAAAAUCUCACCAAACCUAAAUUCUUAUCAAAUUCUAUUUCUGAUUAUCCCAUUUCUGUUAAAAAGGCAACACUUGUUGACAACUAUUGGCUUCCUGCUAAUGACAGUUAUGUAGCUACUCACACUUUUUACAUCACUUCCAAACAACUUCACCAUUUGGCCACAACAUUCACAUCUACCAAAACCAGCACAAAAUAUUUUGAAAUUGUUUCAGCUAUGAUAUGGAAAAGUAUAGCACAAAUAAGAGGAGAUUUUGGACCUAGGGUUGUGACAGUAUCCACUACAAAUAUCUCUAACGGUGUUGAAAAUGAAUUUCCAUCAAAUGCUUUAUUGUUGAGCAGAAUUGAAACAAAAAUUUCACCCGGUGAAUCUAAUCUAUCAGAGUUAGUGAAUCUGAUAGCUGAGAAUAAAAUGAAUGAGAAUCAUGUAUUGGAAAAAUUGUUGGAAGGAAGUGAAGGAAAAGGAGAUUUUAUUGUGUAUGGUGCAAAAUUAACAUUUGUAGAUUUGGAAGAAGGUGAUUUUUAUGGUGUGAAGAUUAAUGGAAAGAAACCUAUAAUGGUAAACUGUGAUUUUCGUGGUGUAGGUGAUGAAGGGGUUGUAUUGGUUCUUCCUGGACCCGAAGAUGAUGAUGGUAAUAAUGGAAGAAUGGUAACAGUUUCACUGCCAGGAAAAGAACUCGACCAACUAAAAUGUAUACUAGAAAAGGAAUGGGGUAUACAAUAUUAUUCACGUCUUGGAUGAUGAUUUUAUGAACGUGUAAUGGGUCUAUGUUGGAAUUAUUAUUAAGUCCUACGCUUAUUUGUUUUUGUUUGGUACCUCUACACAUAUAUGUAUGAGGGUUUAGUAAAUUUAUCUAUUACAAAUAUUCAUGGUCUUAUUGUAAAAGUAAUGUGAUGUGGAAAUCAUUGAGGAAAGUAUUGUGUUAUGUAUAAUUUGAGUAUGGUAAGAUACUAAGAUUAAAUGGACAAAAUACAUGUAAUUUUUAUAAAAAAAAAUUAUUU